AUGAGCCAUAAGGCUACUGGGAAGGAGGGCUCAAUAAAUUGUACUCCUAACGAGUGUGACGCCGAUCCGCAAGGUCACUUAGAAGACGGCAAUCUUAAUGUAAAGAUUGAAAGUAUUCGCUUGAGUUUUGCUGCCUCUCACGUUGUUGAAGAGAAGAUCAUUGAAGCAGUAACGAUAAUGAGCGAAAGUAAAAGUGCUCAGUUAUCUGAUAUCCAAGAGAUCGAUGACAAAAUGGAUUCAGAGGAUCAAUUUUGUUUGCAAUGGAAUGAUCACAAGAGCACUCUUGUUACAGUAUUUGAGUCUCUUUUAGAAAGUGGUACUUUGGUUGAUUGUUCUCUAGCUGCAGAAGGCCAAUUCCUAAAGGCUCAUAAAGUUGUUUUAUCAGCUUGUAGUCCAUAUUUUGAGCUAUUGUUCAGUGAACAUAAGGAGAAACAUCCCAUACUGAUCUUAAAAGACGUGAAGUUCCAAGAACUGAAGGCUCUAAUGGAUUAUAUGUAUCGAGGUGAAGUGAACAUCCCUCAAGAUAGACUUCGUGCUCUUUUGGAAACUGCAGAGUCAUUGCAAAUUAAAGGUUUGGGAGGCUGCAAAACAGGACUUGAAAGCCCGAGAAGUCGCCGUAAUUCUGAUAGUGUUGACGUACCUAGCUCGUCAGCUCUUUCUCGUAUUGCGCGUGCAGGAGCCGACGCUUCACAAAAUGCCCAAGAUGGGUCUUUGAUGAACGCAAGAAAAGGCAAUGAUUCUCCCAUUCCUCGCAAGCGCAGCCGGCACCAUCUCCAUACAAGUGCAGAAGAAGAAACUUCUAGUCGUGCUCAAACGUCUGACAGUUUUGAAAAGAGAAGCGAUAUAUCGUCUCGAACUUGCCCACCCGCACCUCCACAUCCAACUCCUAAAGUGGAUGUAACUGUCGUGCCCUCCACUCCUGCACCUGUUUCUUCAGCUUUGAGUUCUGGUGGCAGUACGACGAUUUCUGCCAUCAGACGUGAGUGGGCUGCCAGGGAGGUGGAGGGGUCGUCGUCGCCUAUGCAGGGCAAUGUGUUGUCUCGAACAGACUUGUCGUCAGGUUCUCAGUCAGACAUGAAACCUGAACCAACAGUUGAAAUACUGUUGACCCCAAAGACUGAAUAUGUGGAAGAUGUUGGUGAUGAGGAUACCAGGGAGAAUUCAAUUGUGUUGGACGAUGCAGAUUAUAUGGCAGAACCCAGAUCGGGACCUUCUCAUGCUGAGGAUGGUUCGAGCAAUCAAGGUCCAGGGAAGCUUGUGGGGAUUCCCAUAGAUUUGUGGCAAAGAAUAGGAGAAACUGCUGAGGAGGAGGACAAGUUGGGCUGUGACCUUGCAAAGAAGGCUCGAAGUAGUGAGCUGAUGUUUGCGGAAAUGGAAUGCUAUUCGUUUGCCCCUUGGCUGAGUGUCGCUGAGUGGGCAGCUGAUGAUGUGGUGCCGCCUCAUGCAGUUGGCACUUUCCGGGACCCCCCAGAUAGAGAGCCUUCAACGAGGCGCAAAUCAUGGACCUGGGCAUACUUUACAAAGCAACCCUUCAACAAAGUUGAAUGUCAAAUUUGCCGCAAACUUGUCAAUUACACUUGUAAAAAUACUACUGGUAUGAUAACGCAUUUAAGACAUCAUAACAUAUGGAAGAACAGUUAUUCUGGCUCUGCCGUAUCUGCUGCAGCGCAGUAAAAGGCUAGAGCAGACAAUCGAGAAAGACGCCAAGAAGUCUGAUAUAAUGGCUUCAGCAAGGCGUAAAUCAUGGACCUGGAAAUAUUUUGUUCAAGAGUCAGAAAACAGAGUGCAAUGUUGUAUUUGUCAUAGAAUGUUAAAGUUCAAUAUUGCCCUAGGAACUAGUCAUAUGAUAAGGCACUUAAGAAUUCAUAGGAUUGGGCAACCUUCUGCUUUAGCUUAGCUAACUACCAUGUUUGAGCAGCUGAUAAACUAUUAUCAUCCCGUUUAAGAAUUUAGAGUUUCUUCUUCUUCUUAUUUUUAUUAGUAAAAUAAUUAUUAUUUUGUUGUUGUUGUACUGUUUAACAUCACUCAGAUUUUUUCUGUACAAAAUUAUGUUAGAUUUAAUUAAUCAGUUACCUCUCCCCUCCUUGCUAUUAGAAAAACUGGAUAUUGCAAAUAAACGUAUUACAGAUUCACUAAUUAAUAUGGAAGGAAAACCUUAUAAUGUGAACUGAUAUCGAAGAGCCUACGGUUAGUGUUCUGAUGAUGGAUGUUUUGUUUUUGUCUGGAUCUGAAACCUCUCAGAACGUUAUGAGCAGAUGUAAGAGAGUAAUUAGUUAGAAUGUUUUGGUGUUUAAACAUUAAUGAGAAGUUAUCUGAGUAUCUUUAAGAACAGAUGUGAAAUAUGUUGGAAGGAUCUUGAGGUUCUGUGAAAUUGAUUUUGGUGAAAUUAAUUGUGAUUUAGUUCAUUCGUACAAUUUCUUUCAUGUAUAAGUUUUCGCAGUUCUCUCAGGACAUAAUUAUCAGUAAAAUUUUUGAAUGUUGACGUAGGCAAGAUCAAAGACCUCACAGAUGAACAAAAAGGUAUAACUCAACUUUUAACAGAAGAGAACUAUAAUAUAAGUGAAAUCAGGAUUAUAAAUUAUUAGUCGACAAGUGAAUGUUGCAUUCCAAUGGUUAAACAACUAUGAACUAAACAAGAAAUAUGGCAACUGAAAGCAUGCUGAAUAUUUUACAUAAUUUCUUGGAAAUGGCAUAAUAAUCUGGCCAGGGACUGUACAUAGAAAGGACCUACAUAAGAAUGUGUAGAGGUAUCAAGCAGUACUGCCACGUUUCUUGCCCGAUAUUCUUAAGCAACUUCUUGCAAGCCACUAAAGAUUUAACAAUAAAAUAAAAUUUAAAAAACAUAUUCAUUUUAGACAGAAAAUUAUGGUACUUUUGAUCAUGAAUAGUGUGUGAAAUGCUAUACUUGGUUGCCUAUUUAAGAGGUUACUACUUAAAAUUGCUGCAGAUGACAUUGAAGAUUAAUUCAAUUUUUGUGAUCCACAUGAAAAUUUAUUGAAACUUUGGUACAUGUACUGCAUACAUUUCACAAAUAUAUUCUACUAAUUGAGGUGGAUUUUUAAUACCUUUUUCCAAAAGAAGGCAAUAUCUGGCAGAAUUACUUAUGUUGACCAAUUUUAUAUGAAGGUGUAUUCACAUUAGACCUUUUUGGUUGUAGACUAGUAACAGGUAGACAUUCAUUAUAUGGAACCUUUUAUAGUACUGGUUAGUGUCUAGACCUCAAAUAUUAGAAAUUAUUUACAUAGACCUUUUUUUUUUCUAUGGAUCUUAUGACAAGUAAUCCUGAAGAACAUGAAAAUGUUUAUGUUCAUCUAUUGCACAGUUCACACAGUACUGAAAAAUCUCAAAAAUAAAAAAGUUCACAAUUGUUCAAUCCAGCAAAGCAACAAAUGAGGAGAGCAAACGGAAUGUAGUUUCUCUGCUACAAGGUGCUGAGGUAUUGCUUUGUGAAAUGUGCAAAGAUUGGCCAAAAGAAAAAGAAAAUCCUGUUAAUUUGUGCACCGGAUGACUUUCAAUGGGUUUCUUGCUUUAGUAUGAAACAUUAAAUCUGGAAUGGAAAUGCAUUAUUUUUAUGGAGACUUUUUGGGACCUGAAAUUUUUUGCUUUAAAUCGGGAUACCACUAAAACAGACUUUCAAUGUGUUAAUUAAAUAAUAAUUUGACUGAUUUUAGUAAUAUUGUUUUUUAAAAUUUCUAAUAUAAUUAUUUUUCAUUAUAAAUGUUUUGCAUCCCACAAAUUAGUAUUAUAUUAGUAUUACACUUUUCUCAGCUAAUAACAUCUUCAAUUACCAAUAUUCAAUUAUUUUGUGGAAAUAAAAAUGUGUUUCAUUCAAUUUUAUUCCGUGUAUGAAGGGGCCAACUAUCAAGUUAGCAAAUAAUGAUCAGAAAUCUGUCAGAUAACUUUCAUUGUUACACAAUUCAAAACCGCAAAUUGAAAGUUCACUCUGCUCUAAGCUCUUCAGUUAUAUUUAACUUGCAGAAUUACACCACUUCUUAUGAGAGAUGUAACAAACUUUCAUUUUGCUUUUCUUAAACACAAUUCUUUGAAUAGAGUAUAAUUAGAGAAUACGGAAAGGAAAAUACUUCUUAAUAGGCUUUGUAAGUUUUUUGACAACGUUCCAAAUUAUUGUUGAGAAUUCGCAUCUCUAAUCUAAAUACUUCUGCAUGGUUUUUACUUGCUAAAAACUCAAGACUGAGUUUACUGCUGCAUUUGUGUUUUGUGUGUAACACAGUUAUGGGUUUUUGUUUCACCUGCCAAUAACCAUUGGCAAGUUAUCAUUUGUAUCUUUGAUGUGAAGGAAUUCAAAGCCUUAAUGCAUUUUAUUUCAAAUUAUUUGACAAAGUUUGAAGUAGGAAAUUUGAUUGAAUAUAUUCUGAGGUCCAGCACAUUAACACAAUUAUUGUGAUUCUUUAGUUGUUUUAAGUAAUUUGGAUUUGAAGUGUUUUUGAUUUAUUCUGGUACUGAUUUGAUUUAAAUUAUUUUACUUAUUAAAAGAAAUAUGGAGCUUCAUCCUACAAAUUGACUUUUACAACCUUUUUUCUGGAGACUAUAAAAUCCAAAAAAUCCAAAUGCGAUUCAUUAAAUUGUGUUAUUAAAGUGUGGUUUAUGUUAAAGUUUUUGAAUAGCCGUAAAAAGUCCAAAAACUUGUUGCUGAUUUAUUUAAUCCAAAAAUAAUUGGUUUAUGAUCAUCACUGUAAUUUCUGCUUGCUGGGCAGCUUCAGUGGUGUAUCUAUAAAAUUUUCCUGAUUGUGCAUCAAUUUCUAAAUUUUGGAUGAAUAUUCGUGUAUUUAUGUGACAUGCCUAGUGUCUGUUCUUGUAGUUUGCAAUAUUUUCUUUGCCUCACGUCUGUCUUUAUUGAUUUGUGGUGCUAGAAAUUCUGCUACUACAUCUUACAUGGAUGUAUUUCAAGUUAAACCUCAAUCUAUCAAAUUCAUUUGUUUUGUUAAGUAAAGAUGACAAUUUUUUAAAAAAUUUUACUCUAGUGGGACUUAUUUUAUUGUUUUGUAUUCAUUGUUCAUGUAAUCAAAAAUCAUUUAAAUAAUUCCCUCUGAGUGUGAUUGAAAAAAAAAAUCAGAAGGCAGAAAGGUUUUCUAAAGUGUUCUGUCACUUAUUACUGCUUUGCCGAUUAUAAAUGGUGAAUGGUCUAAAGCAAUUCCCAAAAUAUUUAUAUUUAUAUACAACUUCAGUGAAGUGAGGGUAAUUGCUAAUUACUCCUGAGUGUGUGCGUGUAUGUGUGUGUGUCCUGUUGCUGAUGUGUUGAUGUAAUGAUGC